UUGCUAGGUUUGUCAUAUGUAUGUAGUAUCUCUAUGUAGUUUGUAUGUAUGUGGAUUAUGCUGAAAAGUUGGAAUAUUUGUGUUGCUUAAAUUCAAUUCUCUUUUUGAAGUCUAUUUAAUACCUGAAUACUAAGAUGCCGUCAAAACAAAGAAAAAUUGCUAUGAUGGGAUACAGAUCCGUCGGCAAAUCGUCGCUUAUUAUACAAUUUGUAGAAGGGCAGUUCGUGGAUUCUUAUGACCCCACAAUAGAAAAUACAUUUACAAAAUUUAUCAGAUUAAACUCCACUGAGUAUGAAGUUAAACUAGUAGAUACAGCUGGUCAAGAUGAGUACAGCAUCUUUCCUCUACAAUACAGUAUGGAUUUUCAUGGCUAUGUGUUGGUAUACUCUAUAACAUCAAGCAAGAGUUUUCAAAUUGUACAAAUAAUAUAUGACAAACUGUUGGAUAUGGUUGGCAAAAUACAUGUUCCCAUAGUAUUGGUUGGCAAUAAGACGGAUCUUCAUUUGGAAAGAAAGAUAAGUACUGAGGAAGGAAAAAGAUUGGCAGAGAAAUGGAAUGCGGCCUUUGUUGAAACCAGCGCAAAGAGAAAUGAGUCUGUUACUGACAUGUUCCAUGCGAUGCUGUCGGAAAUAGAAAGAUCCGACGGUCACAUGCCCGAGAAGAAUGGAUGUGUUGUUUCUUAAUGAAUAACUUUUGUGGACUAUGUGGCUUAUUUAUGCUUAAGUGAAUUAAGUUAUAGGUAGUUUGAACACAGUUAUAUAUAUAACUGGCACAUAGCAACUGUCUGAAAGUUGUUAAGUUAUUAAAUACCUCAUAAAAUUCCUAACACAAUUGUAAUUAUGUUAGCACAUUUUUAAUUUAAGUGUGUAUCUGUAUUUGUAAUGUCUUAGUGAGUGGGUUAUUAUUGUAUAGAUGGAGCAAGCAAACAUGCAAAUAUAGUUGUGAAACUGUAUAUUGUUCUUUAGAAAUACAAAGAAAAACAUAUAUAGAAAAAACAUAUUCUAGCAAAAGCAAAUAUUUUAUGACCUUCUGACACGGUAUAUGUAAAACAUAAAUAAAUGUAUAUGUAUUUUAGAAUAUUUUAAAUUCAAUUAAAAUUUUAAAAUCAAUGCGGGGUAAGGAUGUUGGUAGUCAUUUUCUUAGUCUUUGGAAUUCUAAUCAUGUUUUGUCAAUCAUAGGAAUUGGUCACAUCAUUGUAUCCAAUACAGUAAAUAUUUUAUAUAAUAAUUUAAUAAAUAAAAUGAUCUUUGCUUAUGGAACACAAACAUGAUUAACAAAGUGCAUUAAUUGUUAUUCGUCUUUACUUACUUACAAAUUUCGUAUUUGGAAUUCAUACAAUUAUUUACGAGCAUAGAUUUGUAACUUUCAAUUUAUAAUAUUUAAAAUGUGCUUUGUUUUCUAUUGUUCUCAUUACAAAGAGAUUUCUGUUCUUUUCUUCUUUACAUGCUUACUUUUUUUAAAUCUUUUAACUUUAUAUAGCAACACUAUAAAAUAGGCUCCGAUCAAAAGAGUCAUAACCACAAAUAUACAAAAUGAAUAAUAUUGAACAGAUAAAAGGAAUAUUGAAUAAAACAACAUUGAAUCAACUGUUCGUAAUAAAUAAUUAACAAUAAGAUAUCUAAAGACAUUUUAUGUGAUUUAUUGUAAACAGAUAUUAAAUUAUAUAGAAACAUUAAUUUGGUGUCAGUGUAAAAAAAAAAUCUGUAAAAUAAGUGGUAAUUAUUUUACUUUUUGUAUACACAACCAUUGAUAUAAUAGUAUUUCAUAAUGCUAUAUAAAUUAUUCUUUAAAUAGUUUUUAUAUAUUUCUUUUUUUUUUAUUAAACUAGCUUAGCUUUAAAUGGGUAGUUGUAUAGGUUUUAGCAUUUUUAGUUUGUAGCUUGUAACUAAUUUCAUGUUCAACUUGUACUUGUUAGCUUAUAGCUUGUAAUUAUGUAAAUAAUUAAUUUUAUAUAUAAGUGUGAUAUGUUUAAUUUGUCUACCUUAAUAUACUUACGAAGCACAACAUGUUAUGUAAGGUUUCUUUUGAUACGGUCCGAUUAUUUUAAAUAUAACAUCCUUUUUUGCUCAAAAUAGUAAAUUUUUGUUGAAAGAAAUAAAAAGCUGUCUAUUCUGAUGUAAAUUUUAACGUUCUGUUUGAUUUAGAUUUAUUUACGUAAAUAAUUAUUAUUUCAAGUUUAUUUUAAUUGUGUAAAAGAAACCAAAAUUUUAAAGAAAAAUCUUUAUGGUAUCAUGGGGAGCUAUUCUUAUUUUAUAGUAUAUAUAAUAUUAUUGACGCAAAUAUAGUGAAAUUAGAAAUAAGAACGAAUUUCCUGGUAAUAAAAGUUCAAUGACA